ACACGGUAAUUUCCGUUCCAAGCGGUUUGUCCCUCCGCCCGCUUUCCUUCUAUCCGUCGACCCACGUGUGGAUUUUAGUCGAAUUUCCACCAGAAAUACCAACUUCCAGAUUGGACCAAAUGGCGUCGUCCUUCGAACAGAUGAGAGCAAACGUGGGAAAGCUCCUACGAGGAAUCGAUAGGUAUAACCCAGAGAAUCUGGCUACGCUCGAGCGGUAUGUGGACACCCAGGCUAAAGAGAACGCUUACGACCUGGAGGCUAACCUAGCCGUCCUCAAACUGUACCAGUUCAACCCAGCCUACUUCCAGACGACUGUGACAUCCCAGAUCCUGCUGAAGGCUCUCACCAACCUGCCACACACAGACUUCACCCUGUGCAAGUGCAUGAUCGACCAAACACACCAGCAGGAGGAACGCCCCAUCAGGCAGAUCCUCUACCUCGGGAACCUUCUGGAGACAUGCCACUUCCAGUCCUUCUGGACCAGCUUGGAGGAGAACAGGGAGCUGAUCGACGGCAUCACAGGCUUCGAGGACUCCGUACGCAAAUUUAUCUGUCACGUAGUUGGGAUCACCUACCAGAACAUCGAGCAACGACUUCUGGCUGAGAUGCUGGGAGACCCCUCAGAGACGCAGGUGAAGGUGUGGAUGAGUAAGUACGGCUGGACGGAGAACGAGGAGGGGCAGAUCUUCAUCUUCAACCAGGAGGAGAGCGUCAAGCCCAAGAACAUCGUGGAGAAGAUCGACUUUGAGAGUGUAUCAAGCAUCAUGGCAACGUCUCAGUAAACCUCACCAACAGCACACCCACAAACACAUUUUCAACAUUUUCACAAUAAAUGUAAAUUAUACUUUCAAA